UUAUUCCAACUAAAUAUAAAAUAAGCUCAUUUAAAAAUUAAUCCCGAGAUUAGUUAUACCACCGAACCAAACGACCCCUUAAGUUCAUACCAUAUAUAUAUAUCUCCAAACGUUACCAAUCCAAAUUCAAACACUUUCACAUAUCGUCGCCGUCGCCGUCGGACAUCAGAAGAUUCCGGUGACCGGCGGGAAGAAUUUGGCCGGAGAAAUUUGACAUCGGAAUUCGUGCAACACUUAGAACUGAAAAUAGUUGAAGAUGAAGAUCACUGUAAUGACUACUGAUGAACAAAUCGUCACUCUCGACGUCGAUCGCGACGAAUCUGUAGAGAACCUGAAAGCUCUACUGGAAGUUGAGACACAAGUGCCUCUGCAGCAACAACAACUUCUGUACAAUGGGAGGGAAAUGAGGAAUUCUGACAAAUUGAGUGCGCUAGGCAUUGGUGAUGGAGAUUUGGUGAUGAUGGUGUCUAAUGCAGCAUCCCUGUCUAGUGCACCUGCAAAUGAUUUGAGCUUCAAACAAGACGGGUCUGCAGCAAAUCCUUCAGCUUUCCAACAACACUUGCGAAAUGAUUCAAAUUUGAUGGCCCAACUUUUUCAGAAUGAUCCUGAGUUAGCACAAGCUGUCCUUGGGAAUGACUUAAAUAGGCUGCAAGAGCUUCUACGUUUGCGUCAUCAGCAUAAGUCAGUGCUACGGCGUCGUCAAGAGGAGGAGAUGGCACUGCUGUAUGCUGAUCCAUUCGAUGUCGAGGCACAAAAGAAAAUUGAAGAGGCAAUUCGCCAGAAAGGAAUUGAAGAAAACUGGGAAGCUGCGUUGGAACACAAUCCUGAAGCUUUUGGCACUGUGAUUAUGUUAUAUGUUGACAUGGAAGUAAAUGGUCAUCCUCUAAAGGCUUUUGUGGAUAGUGGAGCUCAAUCCACAAUUAUAUCUAAAAGCUGUGCAGAACGUUGUGGAUUGUUGAGGUUACUAGAUACACGCUACAAGGGCAUUGCUCGUGGAGUUGGUCAAACAGAGAUACUAGGUCGUAUUCAUGUUGCUCCAAUCAAGAUUGGAAACAAUUUUUACCCUUGUUCUUUUGUGGUGCUGGAUUCUCCGAAUAUGGAAUUUCUAUUUGGACUUGAUAUGCUUCGCAAGCACCAGUGCAUGAUUGAUCUGAAGGACAAUGUUCUGAGAGUUGGCGGAGGGGAAGUUGCUGUACCAUUUCUACAUGAGAAGGACAUUCCCGGUCAUUUUCUUGAUGAGGAGAGGCACGCCAAGGAGGCUUCGAGCUCAGGAGCCCAGGCAACAUCUGGAGCAACGGAGAAGACUGAUCCUACAAAAGGAGGUCCUUCUGGAGGUGCCCGCGGGAACUUGACACAGGGACCUGAAUUCGAAGCCAAAGUUGCUAAGCUUGUCGAGUUAGGCUUUGGACGGGAUGCAGUAAUACAAGCUCUGAAGUUUUUCGAUGGUAACGAAGAACAAGCAGCCGGAUAUCUAUUUGGGGGUUAAUUAUAUCCCUUUCCUAUCAUAGAAUUAAGAUUUGUGACUUUAAAAUUUUCAGACUAAACAUUUUUUAUUGUUGAGAUUAAGUUAUGUCUUCCUACCAUUGCAUUCAAAUUUGUCUUUGAAAUUGUAUUUGGUGGACACAAAAUUAACCUUGAAACUCAAGGUGAAUUAUUUGGUUCUGUGGUUGUUUGGGUGUUAUAUUAAACUUAAUGCAUGGUAGUAAAUGAGCAUUUACACUUCAAUUUUUCA